GGAGAGAGAGAGGAGAGCAGCCAGAGAAGAGAGAGAGAGAGAAGGAUCUCAGUGUCUCGUUUCGGCGUUUUUCCUCCGAAAAAAAUCGUGACAGUGACAAUCUUCCAGAGUCGCAGGGAAUCGGGUCCGCUUGGAUUGAUUGUAUUUUUUUUUAGAUAUACGGUGGGAAGAGGACUCUUUUUUUUCUCCGGGAGUGGGAGCUCAGGUCACGGAUCUCCGAGGUUAUGAGCCGUCCGAAGCCGCGUCGGUGCGUCGCUGUCCAGGGUCCUGAGUGAGACAGAGCCGGGGCGACCACGGAGCCUGACACAACCCGUGAGCUGAAAAGCUCAAGAGCCAUGGAGUUGAGGGUGGGGAACAAGUAUCGCCUUGGGAGGAAGAUAGGGAGUGGAUCCUUUGGUGAUAUUUACCUCGGCUCUAACAUCGCUACAGGAGAAGAAGUAGCCAUCAAACUGGAAUGUGUGAAGACCAAGCAUCCACAGCUCCACAUCGAGAGCAAGUUCUACAAGAUGAUGCAGGGCGGAGUGGGAAUCCCGUCCAUUAAGUGGUGCGGAGCAGAAGGCGACUACAACGUUAUGGUAAUGGAGCUGCUGGGCCCCAGUCUGGAGGACCUGUUCAACUUCUGCUCCCGCAAGUUCAGCCUGAAAACAGUCCUGCUGCUGGCCGACCAGAUGAUCAGUAGGAUUGAAUACAUCCACUCCAAGAACUUCAUCCACAGAGACGUAAAGCCCGAUAACUUUCUGAUGGGGCUCGGCAAGAAGGGCAACCUAGUCUACAUCAUCGACUUUGGCCUGGCCAAGAAGUAUCGAGAUGCCCGAACGCACCAGCACAUCCCCUACCGUGAGAAUAAGAACCUCACUGGCACCGCUCGCUACGCCUCCAUCAACACCCAUCUGGGCAUCGAGCAGUCGAGGCGAGACGACCUGGAGUCUCUGGGCUACGUUCUCAUGUACUUCAACCUGGGCUCUCUGCCCUGGCAGGGGCUCAAGGCCGCCACCAAGAGGCAGAAGUAUGAACGCAUCAGCGAGAAAAAAAUGUCCACCCCGAUUGAGGUGCUCUGCAAGGGAUACCCCUCUGAGUUCUCCACUUACCUGAACUUGUGUCGCUCCCUGCGAUUCGAUGACAAGCCAGACUACUCUUAUCUGAGACAGCUCUUCAGGAACCUUUUCCACAGGCAGGGCUUCUCCUACGACUACGUCUUUGACUGGAACAUGCUGAAGUUUGGGGCCAGCAGGACAGCAGAGGAUGGAGAGAGGGAGAGGAGGGAGGGAAAAGAGGGGGAGGAGCGAGCAGGAGGGGGCCAAAGAGGAGCUGGAGGUCGAGCUUUGCCGCCCGGUCCGAACCCGUCAGCAGCCAACAGAGUCAGGAACGAGGCAGAUGCUGCUCCCUCCAAUCCGGCCACGCGUGGUGUCCAGCAGUCAGGUAACCGAUCUCCUCAGGCGGGGAGAGCAGAGCGAGCCGAGCGUGAGAGGAAAGUGGCCAUGAGGCUUCAUCGCGGGGCCCCCGCCAACGUCUCCUCCUCUGACCUCACUGCUCGCCUCGACCAAUCACGCAUCACUGCAUCACAGGUCAGUGUGCCAUUUGAACAUCUGGCAAAGUGAGUUCAUCCUGGCUGGCCUACAGGUCAGUGGCAGCAGCUGCAGGGUAUCAAAUACCCCUUACUUUUCAAAUGGGUGAAUGAAAACAUGAAUGAGUGGAGGAGGAGAAGAGGAGCAGGAGGAGGCGUUGCAGGCCCUCAGAAGGGGGACGAGGGUGUCCGUGUGUCUGUCAGUGCUGUGUGAGCAUGCUCAGUGUCAAAAAGAAAACGCUGAGAUGAUGGAAAACCAGUGGGGGGACUAACAAGACUCUUGGCUGGAACUGGUUGGUACUGCUUUUUUGGGGGUGCGGCCGGGAAGGAAGGAGGAAGUGGGUGAAACAACACACAGGUCCCGCCCCUUCUUCACUCAUAUUCACCUGCCCAUCGACUCAGAGGCUCAACUUGCAAAAAAAAAGAAGAAAAAAAAGAAAGAAACAUCAAAGUGCACAAAAAGGACUAAAUUUAAAUUAUUCUGUGGUUUACACCUGUGUUUAAAAAAAACAAAAAAAAAAACAACUAUCAACCUGCUAAUGUUUGAGAGCUACAUCCGCUGCUUAUGGUGUUCUUGAUUAUAAAUGAAUAUGUAAACAACUAUGGAGACGAACACAAAACAAAAGUGUAUUUAAGGCCUAUUAUAGAUGAGACAGGAAGAUGCUUAAAAUGGACCAAGGAUGCGAAGGAGGGAAGGAUGUGGGGGCGACUGAGAGAGUGAAUUUGCGGAUGAGCAAGGCUGCUUCUUGUCAGUAAAUGUCAGUGUCUGUCUGUGUGUUAUUGUCUUAAGUAUUUGUUUUGCCUCCAGCUUUGCUUUAGGGAGUCUUGAGGAAAAGAGGGAGGGACAAGAGGAGGAGGGAAAAGCGGCUGUUGACGAAUUUAUCCACAAAUUAUACAUAACAGAAGAUCUGUCCCUGAUGUGAUGACCUUUCAAUUAAAAGCUUGUCUUAACCGAGGUGAGGUUGGCGAGGAGUAAAACGCUCACUGAGUGUGAAAAGAGAAGGAUAAGACGGCUUUGAGUUGAGGACAGGAUGAAGGGAGCUCCACGAGGAUUGUACGAUAUGAUUAAGCCUUAGUCCAGCUUGUAACUCUAGGAAUGAGAAGACUUGAGAAAGUUUUAAGAUCUUGGUGGUGAACAAGUCUGGUGUUACAUUAGUAUUUUUGUUCUUUAUGUUCAUGCUUUUUUUUGUUUUAUAAUACAUGUAAAAUGUGUAGAUACCUUUUGCCAGAAUGUGACAGAUUGUUUAAAGAUGUGGCUGGAGAGAAGAGUACUGUUGACCUCCUGAAAGCCCUGGGAGAGCAAAUAAUCAACCUAUAACCUUGAGAGUCUGCCACAAGUGUGUGUUUUGGUUUCCACUGUGGCAGGCAAUGACAGAAAGGUUCUUGCUGAGUGUUUGGACCCAGAGCUGUCAGGAUGGACAGACGUCACCAGAGGGGACGAAGCUGACUGAUGUCCUGUACAUUUCUUUACCAUGCUUCAACUUUAUUACUAUGAUAUUUGUGUAUAUUUUCUGAAUCAAUAAAAAUAUACACAACUUA